CAGAAACUUAACCUUAACAUUCAUCAUUGAAAAAUAUGUAAACACAAUAGUAGUUUUUUUAUAUACCGAUGUGACAAUGCGAAUUUAAAAAUAAAAUUUCUGUGAUGAUGGUAGAGCACGCACGUUAUAAUACGAGCGUUUCAGUAAAUUUGGAAAUAUUUCAGCCUCCAUUUAUCCGGGAAAAUCCUAAGUUCGAAAACUCAGACUGGUCUCACCUAGCGAGAGAAGAACCAUUUCGCAGCGAGUGGUCUCGUAUAAUAAACAGAUAAUAAUAAUUCCGUAAUUUCAUACAUUAAGGUCAGUCGAAUAUUGUAACAUUUAUUGAAACGUUCGAUCCUCGUUUCGCGGAAAACAAUCUUCGAAUUUGCGAAUUCGUUAUCGGGGAUUAUUUAAGACAUUGACAUUGCAAAAGUUCGACUGAAGAUGGGACUGAAGGAGAAAAACAUGGACUUGGCGUUUACGGGCACUAACGAUAUUAUGAAAAAUGAUGAAAAACAAUCUGGAUUGUCGGUAGAAAGGCCGGUAUAUCAGAUAGAAGAAUUAAACAGAGAUUACGAAUAUCAGAAACCCUACCACACACUCAAAGCUCGAUGCAAGAAGGCCUGUCAAUCUAUCAAACCCGGUACUUGGCUCAGAGAAACCGUACCGGUGCUGAAAUGGUUACCCGAAUACAACUGGAAGAAGAACUUUUCCGGCGAUAUCAUCAGCGGAGUGACCGUCGCCGUGAUGCACAUACCUCAAGGUAUGGCUUACGGAUUGCUGGGCAACGUUCCGCCCGUCGUAGGAAUGUACAUGGCGUUUUUUCCAGUUUUAGUAUACUUCAUUUUCGGUACUUCUAAGCACGUUUCAAUGGGUACAUUCGCUGUGGUUUGUUUGAUGACCGGUAAAAUCGUGAGCCAGUACACCACCGUGGAAAUAAUGCAAGACGGUACCAGAAGGUUAAUAGAACCCGAAGGCGGCAUCGCCCACGGCCCUGACAUACCUCAAUACACCAACGUUCAAGUAGCUUUAACAGUAUGCUUCACUGUCGCUAUAAUACAGCUAUGCAUGUACGUCCUGAGGCUGGGUUUAGUGUCCCAAUUGCUAUCAGAAACGUUGGUGAGCGGGUUCACGUGCGCCUCGGCCUUCCAAGUAGUCACCUCGCAACUCAAGGAUCUCCUAGGAUUAGACAUCAGGAAACGCAGAGGGAAUUUCGCCGUUCCGAAGACGGUAUUCGAUUCGAUAAUGGCGAUUCCCCAAGCGAACGUUAGCGCAAUGCUGGUUUCGUUGAUCACUUGUACGGCUAUUAUACUUAACAAUGAGUUAUUGAAGCCUUGGCUGGCCAAGAAAACGAUGAUACCGUUUCCAAUAGAACUAGUCGCAGUGGUGGUCGGAACGUCGGCGAGUUACGCCAUGGAUUUCAAAAAUACCUACAAUAUCACCAUAGUGGGAUAUAUCCCAACAGGGUUUCCCAAAUUGGCUCUUCCCGCGUUCGAGCUGAUUCCCGACAUAUUCAUGGAAUCCUUCACCAUCACCAUGGUGUCCUACACGAUAACGAUGUCCAUGGCGCUGAUCUUCGCCAGGAAGCUGAUGUACGAGGUGGACUCGAACCAGGAACUCCUCGCUUUGGGCGCCAGCAACGUCGUGGGAUCCUUCUUCUCCUGCAUGCCCAUAACCGCCUCGCUUUCCAGAUCGCUCAUCCAGCAAACUGUCGGUGGCGUCACCCAAUUGGCUUCGAUCGUUUCCUGCAGUAUUAUGUUGGUCGUUUUGUUGUGGGUUGGACCUGUUUUUCAAACUUUACCUAAGUGCGUUUUGGCCAGUAUAAUAGUGAUAGCGUUGCAAGGUAUGCUGAAGCAGGUGACCGCCAUAUUGAAGUACUGGCGCUUGAGCCGUUGGGACGCCAUCGUGUGGAUCGUGACGUUCUGUUCGACGUUGUUCGUGCAAAUCAGCUACGGCCUGGCGGCCGGCGUGGCCAUCUCCCUGCUGAGCAUCUUCAUCCAGGGUUGCAAGCCGUACACCUGCCUGCUGGGCAUCGUGCCCAACACGGACCUGUACCUGGACACCAAGAGAUACAAAGGGGCCAAAGAAAUCGACGGAGUGAAGAUCUUCCACUACUCGGGCGGGCUGAGCUUCGCGUCGCGGUCGAGCUUCAAGGAUUUGCUAGUCAAGAAAACGGAAAUCGACGCGGCGGCGGUGCUGAGGCGGCGGGCGAAGCUGUUGGAGAAGGACAUCCAGGAGGACGAGCAGUUCCUCGUCAAGUGUAUCAUUCUCGAUUUUUCUAGUCUGACGUUCGUCGAUCCGUCCGGGGUGGAUACCUUGAGAGGGCUGCAGGCCGAUUACAAGCAGUUGAACAUUCUGAUGUUGAUAUCAGGGUGCUCCGGUCCGGUGUUCGAGGUGAUGCAGAAGUGCGAUGAAGUGGAGAAGAACGAGCAGAAGUUCCUCAUAUUUCCCACUGUACACGAUGCAGUAUUGUACGCCCAGGUCAACGUGUCGCCUAAAGAUAAAUGAAACGGUUCUAAAUGCUCGAUAGGAAUAAUUUCUUUAGAAAAGAGUUAGUAUUAAACACGAGAAAUUGUGAUAGGGAAGCAAAUAAUUGUUAUUUUUUAUUGCUGCGAUUGGGCGGCCGUCUGUUGUGAUAUUUUUGUAUAACGAGAAUUUCCUUUAUACAAAAUUAUUCAUGUUGUUGCAAUUAAAUGGUAAGAGAGAAAACGGUUUUUCGUUGUUAAAUUGGUUUUAUUAAUAGUUUUUGUUGUUGCAAUGGAGCGUGAAUGUUGAUGAUGAUGAAGUUACUAAUCAAAACGAUAAAACCAAAAAGUAAUAUUAAAUUUGUUGAUGUUUUAAAGCCUUUAAGUAAAUAAAUUUUGUGAUAUUACGUCAACAAGACGAAUUUUUAUUAAUGGAUUAAACUUAAUAUCGUGCAAUUGAACAAAUUUUACUAUUUUAUUUAGUUUUUGAAGAUUUUAGUGUGU